UAAAGUUUUUUGGCAUGGAUCCAAAACUACUGUGACGUUUUAUUGCAGGAAAUUCCUGAUUUUUUUACAGUGUAUGUAUAUAAGACUAAGGAGUUCUGCAGUUGACAGCAAGUUCCAGCUGAGACAUCAGUCAGUCUUACCAGAGGCCUACACUGAAUAAAAGCAGACUUUUCCAUCAUCAAAACAGACAUAUCUCUACAAUCUUCAAGCCCUUCAGGAACAAAAAUAAAGCAAAACGCUUAUAUCAACCCCUGAACAACGAAAGACCUUCACAAUCAUCUACAAUCAUGGGAAUCGAGAAAGCAGAAGUUCAGACUCUGUACGAGAAGCAGGGCUAUGUGACCAGCAUUCCUAUACUCAGCCCUGAGGAGCUGCAGGAAGCCAGAGAUGCCUUUGCUGAGCUGGAGAGAAAAUUAGGUGAGGAUUACACUUCAUACAGCUUGCACAAUGUCCAUAUGAAGUAUGACUGGGUAAUGGCACUAACCAAACACCCAAGAGUUCUUGAAGUGAUCACUGCAGUCCUGGGUCCUGAUGUUCUCCUGCUGGACUCACGCUUCAUCUGCAAAUACCCAGUCUCACGCAAGACUCAAGGAAGAAAAGAUAUCAUUCCACAAAACCAAGAGAAUGAAGGCCAAAAGAACAAAUCUGAUAAAGAAAAUGGGCUUCCAUAUGUGGCCUGGCAUCAGGAUAUGAAGUAUUGGGGACUUGAUGGAGGGCCAGUUGUCUCUGUCUGGCUUGCUUUGGAUGACUCCCAGGAAGAAAAUGGUGCCCUGCAGGUCAUUCCAGGAAGUCACUGCUCCGGCCUUUUGCCCCAUCGCCAAGCAAAGUGUGCAGGCAACAUGCUGACUGUUAAUCAAGAAAUCCCAGAGGAGCUUGUCGAGAAAGAGAAGUCUUUGCUCUGCCCCCUUUUUGCAGGGCAAAUGUCUAUCCACGAUGGACUCCUGGUGCAUGCAAGUGAUCCCAACACAUCAGGAAAGAGGCGAUGUGGCUUUGUGAUUCGUUAUGUUCCUACUGCAGCUUAUCCAAUUCAGGAUCUGGAACGCCCAAGGCAAUUCCAUGCAACAGUAGUGGUUAGUGGACAUGAUAAGUAUAACCACUUCUCAAGCCAAAAGCUUGUGAUUUAACCUGUUAGCAUGCACCCUGGCUUUUGGUUUACAGUUGAAAAUGACCUACCUAAAUUUAAAUGGUAACAUUGACUGGAAAGAGUCUUUGGAAAGAAAACACUAUUCAUCAAUCAGAGUUGACAAUGCUCCAAAAGAUAAUGUUAUAUUACCCUGGAUAUAUCUUUUACUGCAAUGAAUGUGUUUUGAGUUUUUUAUAUAUGAAAUCAGUCCUGAAGCCAUUAAAUCGAUACUAGAGCUGUCCAGAAAAAUAAUGCAAAUGUGUAUAAUGUAUCUGAAAUGUAUGGAAAUGUUCUUAUUUUCCUAAUGAUAUAUCAAAAGUCCACAGUGGUUGAUAAUUUAUGUACUGUUUGGUUAAAUCUUUAUAUUACUUGAAAUGCCUAAUAAAUAUGAAUGUCAGUCA